AUGACCAUGGACCAAGGCCUUAACCCAAAGCAAUUCUUCCUUGACGAUGUCGUCCUACAAGACACUUUGUGCUCAAUGAGCAACCGUGUCAACAAGAGUGUCAAGACCGGCUACUUAUUCCCCAAGGAUCACGUUCCUUCUGCCAACAUCAUUGCCGUCGAACGUCGCGGCGGUCUUUCUGACAUUGGUAAGAAUACUUCCAACUAA